AAAGGUCAGAUUAGACAUCAGUGUGAACCAGAACAGCUCCGUCUGUCUGCUUUGUUAAACAUGUUUUACUGACUGAUGAUUUUCCUGAUAGCAGUGAACGCAGCAUCAGAUUCCCGCCUCCUCCUCAUCCUCCUCCAGUUCCGGUUCAGACCAAUAUGGCGGCUGUUCGCUCACAGCUGCUGAUCAGUUUAACUCUCAGUUCAGGUUUUUAUUUACAUUUUUCUGAUGAAAUAAAUCGACAGUGAAACCAGUGAGCUUGGUCACGUGCUGCUAACGGGUUAUCAGGAACCAGUGAAGGUCUGAGUCCGUGGUGGUUUCAGAUGAACUAGCUGUCCCUGCAGGAUGCUGGAUCAGGUCUGAGCGGACCCUGUUGGGAUCAGAUCUGAGCGGACCCCUUUAAGAUCAGUCCUGGGCAGCCCCUGUUAGGAUCAGGUCUGAGCAGCCCUGUUAGGAUCAGAUCUGAGCGGACCCCUUUAGGAUCAGUUCGGGGCAGCCCCUGUUAGGAUCAGGUCUGAGUGGACCCAGUUGGGAUCAAGUUUGGGCAAAUGGAGAAGUUUGGGAUGAGUUUCGGGGUUGGGGGGGCCAGCAGGAAGGAACUGCUGGAGACCAUCGAGGCCCAGAAGAAGCAGCUGGUCCAGUACCAGACCCGCUUCAGGGAUGUGGUCCAGGCCUACAAGAGCCUGCUGAAGGAGAAGGAGGCUUUGGAGUCCAGCCUGCAGGUCUUGACUGGGUCCCAGGAGGUGGACCAGCAGGAUCAGGACCCCCUGGAAGACCGCAACUCGCCACACAGUGAGGCCUCUGUGGACCCGCAAGAGACCACCAGAGACCAGAGCAGGGAGGACCAGGGAGGGCCGGGAGGGCCCUCAAGGUCUGAGACCAGUGGCUCUGAGAGUGGGGGUCCAGAGCAGGAGCAGGCCCCGCCUCUCCCCAGCUCAGAGGCAGACCGCCGAGUCGCUCAGCUGAAGAGCCAACUGAGCACGCUCAGCGGUGCUGUCGCCACAGUGACGCAGGAGAAGUCCCGCAUGGAGGCGAGUUUCCAAGCCGACCGGCGGCAGCUGAAACAGGAAGUGGAGGAGCUGCAGGAUCGCUUGGUCGCUGUGACGACACAGCAGGAGGCGGAGCUCCGCAGCCUGCAGCAGCAGCUGGCGGAGAGUCGCGCUCGCAUCAUCACACAGCAGCACGAGCGCGAGCAGGAGCAGCGAGACCACGUCCUGCAGCUGCAGGAGCUGACCUGCAUCCUGCAGCAGCAGCGCCUCCUGAAGACACCACAGGAUGUAGACCAGGGGGCGGAGUCUCAGGUUUACCUGGACCAGUCCAGGAAGAGGCCGGAGGCGGCCGAGGAGGACCAGACCAGACCAGAUCCCAGAGUGGACCAGCUGCAGCAAGAGCUACAGGACCUGAAGAACCAGGUCCAGGACCAGGUCCACAGUGAGACCAGGAAGGCGUGUCAGGCGGAGGAGCGGGCACGUGAGCGCGCUCAGGCUGCAGAGCUUCGGGUCGCCGGUCUGGAGCAGCGGCUGUCGGAGCUGUCGGAGCUGCUCGGUUCCUGUGAGAAGGCAAAGCAGCGAGACCAGCAGGUGGCUCAGAGACUCCGAGAACGGAUCCUGCAGCUCGACACUGAGAACAAAAUGCUCGCCAUCGCUGCCUCCAACAGGUCAAACUCUGACCUCGGCCUGGACGAGUCUCAGCUGGACGUGGUGGCGCUGAAGGACAAGAUGGAAAAGGUUAAGAAGCUGCUGCUGCUGGCGGCCCAAAGGGACCCAGACCAGGCGCCCAUCAUCCAGAACCUCACUGAGAGUGAGGCAGAGCCGGGCAGGGACAGUGCCUCGGCGCUAGCGUGCCAGCAGGAGCUGCGGCAGCUGAAGGACGAAUUUGAACGCUACAAGCUGCGAGCGCAGGUAGUGCUGAAGAACAAGAACGCCAAAGAUGGCUGCCAGGCCAGAGAGCUGGAGGAAGUGCGGGACCAGCUGGCGGAGCUGAAGGAGAAGUACAUCAACCUGCGGAUCCAGAGCGACGAGGCCGAGACCCAGCACUGCCGGCAGCUGGAGGAGCGCCAGCAGCAGGCGGCGGCGCUGCAGCAGAGUCACAGACAGGAAGUGGAGCGUGUGGAGGCGCUGCACCGUGAUGAGCUGCUGCGGCUGGAGGCGGAGCUACACAAACAGCGAGAGAGGACCAUGGCCCUGCUGGAUGAGAAGGACCAGGAGCUGGAGCGCCUCCGGGCCGCCGCUCUGAGCAUGAACACGACGCGCUGCGCUGCCACCGAUAACACGGCCACAGACAGUGCUGACGCUGAGGAGAGCGAGGGUGACGUCAUCAGCCAGGCGCUGCGGCGGGCGGCACCCACUGAGCCCACAUUGUUGCUGUACGCUGAGCAGCUAGCCAGGAAAGAGGUGGAGGCCGGAGCUCUGCGGCGGCAGAAACACCAGUUGGAGAAGGACGUCCACCAGCUGCAGGCCAAAGUCAUUUCCAACGCCGAGCGGCACGAUGAGGAGGCGGCUGACCUGCGAGGACGACUCGACAAACUGAUUCGAGACCAGAGCCGAGAGGGCGCCAACAUGGAGUAUCUGAAAAACAUCAUCUACAAGUUCCUGACGCUGCAGGACGCCAGCGGGAGGCAGCAGACGCUCGCCGCCAUCCUCACCAUCCUGCACUUCAGCCCGCAGGAGAAACACGCCAUCAUGAGGCUGCAGGGCACCACCUGGUGGUCCUCCAGCAAGAGAUAACACCAGAAGAAGAGACUUUAAAUUGUAUUUAUGUGAAACUUUGAUUCAGUUUUUUGAACCAAACCUCAGACCAGAAGUGCAGGUUUGAAGGUUUGUUUCUUUGAAGUUUAUUUGAUAUAAAAACUGAAUUAAGUUUGGUUUCAGCUGCAGAGAAAAUAUGAAAAUAUAAAGACUCACUGUGAGUAACUUAAUGCAGCCCUUCAUAUCAUUAAUAUGUAUAUUUUUGAUUCUCAUUGAAAUUAAACUAUUUUUCCUGCUUCACAAA